AUGGUGGACCAAGCGGUUCCCGCGGAGCGUGGAGAAGGUCCCGCAGGUCAGAUGUGCUUGGAGGUCAAAGCACCGGGGAAGGAAGAGCACUGCCCGAAUGCAAGCCCGAAGAUCAUGCAGGCAGCACUCAGAAGCAGUGUUGAACAGCGUGAACGUGAGAUCUCCUUGACAGACUCGGGGCCACCAGUGGACACGAGCCUCACCUUGUCCAAGUUAUCGGACUGCACCGUGGCCGAUCUCCACGAUUUGGUGGUGGAGUCCAUCGGCCAGGACAUCGAGCAAGUCACUGGAGAGCCGGGUGAUGUUGCCUUAGACGAGCGACUGGCAUAUGGAAAUGCGGCGUUGACCUUCCAGGAUGUGAGCUUUCGGAUGAAGGACCCACAAAAUCAAGAGGAGAAGAUCAUUUUGGUACCUUGUUCUGGACACUUCGAGCCCGGGACUUUGGUCGCUUUAAUGGGUCCAAGUGGCAGUGGGAAGACCACCUUGCUGGACAUCUUAGCGGACAAGAAGACGUCCCCUUAUGAAGGCAAAGUCCAUAUGAACGGGCGACCGCGGGACUGCCUCUUCCCACGCCUCACGAGCUAUGUGCCCCAGGAUGACAUCAUGUUCCCCAACGUGACGGUGAAGGAGCAGGUGAUGUUCCACACGGUCUUGAAGACCGAAGUGCCCUAUGCCGUGUCAAAGGCUAUGAUCUCCAAGGCCACGGAGCUUCGCUUGCGCGCUGUCGGGCUGGAAGGGGUCCAGCACGAGUACAUUGGCAGCGACACCAACCGCGGGAUUUCAGGCGGCCAGCGAAGGCGCGUGAGCCUCGCCUGCGGCUUGGCCACGGGCGCGCAGAUCUUCUUCUGCGACGAGCCAACCAGCGGGUUGAGUGCUACCGACGCCGAGCAAUGUGUGCGCUACAUGCGUUUGCUAUGCAAGAAGUACAACGUCACCAUCAUUUUGGCGAUUCAUCAGCCGCGACAGGAGGUGGCCGUUCUCUUUGAUCACUUGCUCCUGCUCACCGCCAAUCCUGGGGACUUGGUCUACAACGGCCGCAUGAGAGAUGCCGCAGAGUAUUGGAGCAAUGCUGGCUUUCCAGUGCCCACCUUGGUCUCGCCCACGGACUACUUCCUGGAUUUGGUGACCCCUGGCGGCGAGGACUCGCAAGCGCAGCACUUCCUGGAUUACUUCAGUAGAACGGCCAAGCCGGAGAUCGAGAGUCAAGUCAACGUGGAGCUGAAUUAUGAGAGGCCGACCUCAUGGCAGCUACUCAAUGAUCGACGAGAGAUCCUCACCAGGUAUGGAGACAUGCCUCCACUCCGAAAGAGCGUCUAUGGCGUCCGCUUCCGGACCCAACUUCUCAAAGUCUUUUGCCGGCAGCUCCGGCUACUGGUUCGGGAUCAACAAGGUCUUAUCACUGACAUCUUGGUGGCCAUUGUGCAAGGCUUACUGGUGGGGAGUGCUAACAUUGGCAUCGGCAACUUCAGCGGCUACAACCAGGCGGGUUUCUUCUUCAUGCUCAUCAUGACUUGCGCACUGAGUGGCAUCAAGGUCAUGCCCAAGGCACUCAGCGAGCGAACGGUGAUGAAGAUGGAAGUUUCAGAGGUUCUCUACAACGACUGGGCCUACAUCCUGUCCUUCACCUUUCUGAAUGGCAUCGUCUCGGUCCUGUCCAAUUCGAUUUUUGUCCUGGUGGUCUUCAUCCUCAGCAAGCUCCAGUGGGAGGUCUUCCCAGCCGUUUUGCUGUGGAACAGUGUGAUUUUUGUGGCCAUGGACAGCCUUUACGGCAUGGUUGCUGCGAUGGCCAAGGAUGCCAGCAGUGCGCAGAUUAUUUUGACGCCCUUCCUCACCUUGGCCAUGCUCUUCAACGGCUUUACCGUCUCAAGGAAGUCGGUGCCAGCCUUUAUGCUUUGGGCCUUGGAGAUGUCUCCGGUGUCGCACACGCUGGAGGAAUUGACCUAUAGCAUCCAACGCACGACUGAUAGCAUGGAGCUCCAGAUCGUCAUUGACCAAUUCGGUUAUGAGAGCUCGAUCAAGGGCGCGAUCAUCGCGGCUGCUUCGUGGUUUUUCGUUUGCCGUUUGGUGCAGGCCGAGAGAGAACCAGAGAAACCCAUGGCCGCAAGUGUCGGGCCUUCAUCUCGCACACUCAUCACCCCAGAGAUCCACAGCAUUGUGCAGCUCCAUUACUACUUCGAAGACCAGCACAAUGUCCUACUCCUCUUGGAAUACGCCAAUGGCGGUUCCUUGUUUUCCUUACUCAGGAGUUCAGGACAACUUGCUGAAGCGGACGCUGCAAGGUAUUUCGUGGAUGUGGCACUGGCCCUUUGCCACUUGCAUAGCCACACCAUUGUGCACCGUGAUCUGAAGCCGGAGAACAUCUUGAUGUGCGGCACAUCGCCCAUGAAGGCCAAGUUGGCGGACUUCGGAUGGUGUGCAGAGCUCCAAAAGGACGCGCGGACGACCUUCUGCGGUACCUGGGACUACCUCUCGCCGGAGAUGGUUGAGAACCAGCCGCACGACAGUGGCGUCGAUAUUUGGGCGAUAGGCAUCUUGCUGUUCGAGAUGCUCACCGGACGAGCCCCGUUUGCCGCCAGCAGUCAAGUAAAAGUGGUGAACAGGAUCAUCAACGUGGACUUGCAGGUGCCGUCGUCGGUACCGCCCUUGGCGGCGGACCUCAUGCAGAAACUCAUCAAGCGCCUUCCCCAUGAGCGCCUGGGGUUGAAGGACGCCUUGAAGAGCCCUUGGGUCUUGCUGCAUGCUCCGACCAGCUCAUUUGAUCUGACUCAGACCUACGAGGGCCUCAAGGGGCUGGAAGCGGAGAAGAGGAUGCCUGAGCGUGGAGCCAAGGAGCUACAGGUGGACUCACCCAGGCGCAGAACCGAGGCAUCCGGCAAGACCGAGGUCUCCCCAGCUUCGACGGUGAUGGUGCCGGCCGUGCAGGCUGUGACAGACGGAGGACGUUCGGAGGGUGCGGGCAGCCAGAGUCAGGAGAGCGUCUCGCCUGCAUCUACAGUGCAGGUGGCUGCGAGCCGCCCGAAGCCCUCAGUGAUGCCCUGGUCAGAAGCUCAGACCCCAACGGAAGGAGAGCACCAGGAUGCUGGGAACGUAGCAUCUGCAGCGAUGCCUUCAGCGUCUCCGCAACGCAGGGGCGGUUACGGUUUUGGCCUCGAAGCCAAGGAGCAGGGUGGAUUGUUGGUUUGCACAACAAGGCAGAGUAAAGGAUUGUGA